GUCAAAAGGUCUCCGAGCUUCCAAGCUUCUGCCUAAAGCUUUCGGCUAUGCUAACAAAUGCCUUUAUUUCUAUUAGUGCACCGAUACCGCCUAACUCCCUCGCGCCACGAGUCGAAAAUAGAGUAAAACCAGAGGAAUGGUGGUAUACGGAAAAUGGCCGAUCUUAUGAUACGUUUCGAAGGGGCAAAUACAUGUUCCCCAUGGAUGAGGUAUGGAACUAGUUAGGCCGAAUCUUGUCCAAACCGAACUCCGACUAAAACUGGCGU